AUGGGGACGAGUCCCCUGACCAGACAGACGAGCCCCGACCAGACAGACGAGUCCCCCGAUCAGGAUAGGGACGAGUCCCCCGACCCGUACAGACGAGUCCCCGAUCAGAUAGACGAGUCCCCCGAUCAGACAGACGAGCCCCCGACCAGACAGACAAGCUCUCCCAGAACGAGACAGACGAGCGUCCCACCAGACAGACGAGCCCCUGACCAGACAGACGAGUCCCCCACCAGACAGACGAGCCCCCGACCAGACAGAGACGACAGUCGAGCCCCCGACCAGACAAACGAGCCCCCAGACUCAGACAGACUGAGUCCCCCCGACCAGACAGACGAGCCCCCCGACCAGACAGACGAGCCCCCGACCAGACAGACUAGUGCCCCUGACCAGACAGACGAGCCCCCCGACCCAGAUGAACUCCCGACCAGACAGACGAGCACCCCGACCAGACAGACGGCCGUCCCCGACCAGACAAACGAGUCCCUGACCAGCCAGACGAGUCCCCUGAACAGACAGACGAGUCCCCCGACCAGACAGACGAGCCCCCGACCAGACAGACGCAGUUCCCGAUCAGACAGACGAGCCCCCCGACCAGACAGACGAGCCCCCGAACACAGACAGAUGAGCCUCCCGACGAGACAGAUGAGCCCCCGACCAGACAGACGAGCCCCCCGACCAGACAGACGAGUCCCCCGACCAGAGACGAGCCCCCGACCAGACAGACGAGCCUCCGACCAGACAGACGAGUCCCCCCGACCAGAGACGAGCCCCCGACCAGACAGACGAGCCCCGACCAGACAGACGGAGCCCCGACCAGACAGACGAGUCCCCCGACCAGAGAGACGAGUCCCCGACCAGAGAGACGAGCCCCCCGACCAGAGACGAGCCCCCGAUCAGAGAGGACGAGUCCCCGACCAGAGACGAGCCCCCGACCAGACAGACGAGCCCCCGACCGGACAGACGAGCCCCCCGACUCAGACAGACGAGUCCCCCCACCAGAGAGACGAGUCCCCCGACCAGAGAGACGAGCCUCCCGACCAGACGACAGACGAGCCCCCGAUCAGACUGACGAGUCCCCCGACCAGAGAGACGAGUCCCCCGACCAGAGAGACGAGCCCCGACCAGACAGACGAGUCCCCCCGACCCAGACAGACGAGUCCCCGACCAGACAGACGAGCCCCCCGACCAGAGACGAGCCCCGAUCAGAGAGACGAGCCCCCCGACCAGACAGACGAGCCUCCCGAUCAGACUGACGAGUCCCCCGACCAGAGAGACGAGUCCCCCGACCAGAAGACGAGCCCCCCGACCAGACGAGACGAGCCUCCCGGACCAGACAGACGAGCCCCCGACCAGACAGACGAGUCCCCCGACCAGAGAGACGAGUCCCGACCAGAGAGACGAGCCCCCGACCAGACAGACGAGCCCCCGACCAGACAGACGAGCCCCGACCAGACAGACGAGUCCCCCGACCUCAGAGAGACGAGUCCCCCGACCAGAGAGACGAGGCCCCCACCAGAGAGACGAGUCCCCGGACCAGAGACGAGCCCCCCGACCAGAAGACGAGUCCCCCCGACCAGAGACGAGCCCCGACCAGAGAGGCGAGUCCCCCCGACCAGAGAGACGAGCCCCCACCGACCAGAGACGAGCCCCCGACCAGAGACGAGUCCCCCUGACCAGACAGACGAGUCCCCGACCAGACAGACGAGCCUCCUGACGAGACAGAUGCAGUCCCCCGACCAGAGAGACGAGUCCCCCCGACCAGACAGACGAGUCCCCCGACCGAGACAGACGAGCCUCCUGACGAGACAGACGAGUCCCCCCGACCAGAGAGACGAGUCCCCCCCGACCAGACAGACGAGUCCCGACCAGACAGACGAGGCCUCCUGA